UUCUAUUCAAUGUUAAUCGAAAAUUCUCGAAACCUUCCAACCCCCAAAUUGCUAAGACGAGGGCUGAAUCGGUUGCAGUGAAGUAGAAUGGAGGGGAACGAGAUGAGCGCCGCGUUUGAGAAUCGGGUGUUCAACCGGCGGUCCGGCCUUGCCGGCGGCCGCAUGGGCUGCACCCUCGUCACCGGCUUUCUUGGCAGCGGCAAAACCACGCUUCUCAAGCACUUACUCGACAACCGCGGCGACCUCCGACUCGCUGUCCUCGUCAACGAGUUCGCCGAUUCCGACGUUGAUUCCCUUCUCCUUGACGCCGCCCGCCUCAACCAGGCCUUUAACCUAUCCACCGUCUCCCUCACCCACGGCUGUGCUUGCUGUGAUGUCAGUGGGCCGUUCCGGGAGUCCCUUCAGCGGAUUGUCGAUAGUAGGCACAACUUCGACUGUCUUCUCGUUGAGACGUCUGGGCUAGCAAGACCUGAUAAGUUUGUUGCCGAUCUGAAGGAAGUAGGCAUUCAUCUGGAUCUUACAGUUGCUGUGGUUGAUGCAGAAUCUCUCGAUAAGAUCAUUAAUAUUGACAUUGUCAGGAGGCAGUUGCAGCAUGUCGAUAUCAUUUUAUUAAACAAAUGUGAUUUGGCUACUCUCAGUCAGGUAUCUAAUGCUGAAGAUAUUUUAGAAGGGUUAACAGGUGGUGCAAAGGUUGUCCGCUCCCAAUUUUGUAGAGUUCCUCUGGAUCUUGUGAUUGAUUGCACCAAACUUCAGGCAUUAGAUGUUGAAAAAAACUUUGAUAGUAUGCCAGGGAUUCUUUCUCAUGAAUCCUUGCCCAAGAUGGCAUUUAGGCAUAAUAAUGCUCCAGUGCAAAUUUCUUCUAUUGGUGAUACUGGCAGCCAGCCUUCUGAUAAUUUCGAUGCUGGCUUUCCUCAUGGAGCAUCAUUCUCAUCAGCUUCAUUUGAAACUGAAGUUCCAUUGUCUUUGGCGUUGUUUCAGUCAAAAGUUCUUAACAUCAUGAGAUGCUCAAGGAGCCUAAUUAGAGCUAAAGGCAUCAUAUGGUUUGCUGAGGAUAGAGAAAAUCGCUUUGUCUUCCAAUGGAGUGGUCUCAAAAGAGUAGAAGCUGUCAGUGGUCAACAUUGGGAAAGUUCUCCAAAAUCACGUGUUGUACUAAUAGGCACAGAUAACUCUGAAUUGCAAUCAAUCGUUUUACAGCUCUCUGCAUCUGCAAAUUAUCAGAGAGGAGUCGCAUUAGAACCUGGCACAGUGGGAGAACAUGCUAGAAGCUUUUCUAUGAUGGUUGCAAGUGAUAGCAGAUUUAAGGAACCUUCUAGUAAGGAUCCCCUUGUUGUAUUCGGUCUGAAAGGUUCACCAUUACGUGGUGUAAAGGAGUCUCAUCUUAGUGGAGCUUUGAUGCGUUUAAUUAAUGGCAGAGGAAAGAUUUUUGUAACAGCCACGACAUCUGGUGAAGAGUAUAAUCUUCAGCUAUUAUUAGAUGAAGGUACAGGUGUAAAUACGGCAUGGGAUGAAAUUCGUUCUGCUACCAGCAUAGUUAUCUCCAAGAUAUGCAAAAACUUCUGCCCUUGCAGGUCAGAUCUUACAGCUCAUGUCCAUUGACCUACUUUGAAGCUUAUUGUAAAGCCUGCCUCUGUAUCAUGAACUUUGGAGCUGGUUGCCUACUAAUAGAAAGUCUUGAGCUGAAAAGCAAAUGUCUGGUUCACAACCAGAACUGAUGGCAACUUACGUUUCAGUUGCUUAAAACCAAGCAUGCUUGGCCAGCGUGAUCUGGUAGUGUAUGCUGCAAUGUAUACUCUAUAUAUCUCUUUUUCAUUUAUUGCUUAGAUAUUACAUGGAGAAUUUAAAAUUUGCCUUUCAAAAGGAAAAAAAAAAACGUGUUAACAGGAAGGCUUCCGUGGUAUCUUUGUGAAAAUCGUGAUUUUAAUUUCUGUUUCUUA